GUGUGGCAACACUGUUGCCUGUGUUUAUACCAGGGAUCGUCGGCUCCUGCUUACACAUGGCCAUUAAUACUCUAUUUUCCCAGUAAAUCUGUGUUUCUAGAGCAGAAUAAGAUGAGAUCACUUGCUUAGGAAAGCGGCGAUUGGACUCAUUUUUUUGGAAACGGUGGCUGGAAAACACCAUGUCCUCUCAGGGAUCCAGUAGCAAUGUGGCAGGUAAAGGAGCACCGAAUGCUUCAAAGGCUCAACCACCAAGCUCACCUGCUAUGAAGCCUAAUGUAGCCACUAAGGUGGCACCACCCAGUUCACCAGCAAGAAUAAUGCCCAAUAUUACUACCAAGGUUCCUCCAAGCUCACUGGGGAGUGUGAAACCCAAUGUAGCUGCUAAGACACCACUACUGAGCUCUCCUGGGAAUAUGAACCCCAACAUGGCUACUAAGGCUCCUCCAAGCUCUCUGGCAAAUGUGAAGCCCACUGUAGCUAAGGCUCCACUGAGCUCACCGAGGACUGUGCAGCCCAGUGUUGCUACUAAGGCUCCACCAAGCUCACAAGCAAAUGUGAAUCCCAACAUAGCUUCCAAGGCUCCUCAGCUGAGCUCAUCAGCUAACACAAGGCCCAACGUACCUGCCAAGGCAACCGUUCCAAGCUCGCUGCCAAGUACAAAGGCAAAUGUCCCUACUAAGGUGGUGCCACCGAGCUCACCGGCAAAUGUGAAGCCAGUGGCUGCAAAAAUUCCACCGACUUCACCCGCUGUAAAAGUUGCAGCCAGUAGUCCAGCAGUUAAUCCUAAUGCUCAAGGAAAACCAGCUGGAUUUAAGGGUGUAGGGCAGAACAACAGCAGCAUCAACACUUCUAACACUGGUAGACCUAUGGCCAGUACUCCCACUGUGAAACCCAUCACACCAGCUGCCACCACUGCAAAAUCCUCCACACCAGCUGCAGCUGCUGUGAAACUCACCAGACCGGCUGCUGCCACUGUGAAACCCACCACACCAGCUGCCACCACUGCAAAAUCCUCCACACCAGCUGCCGCCACUGCGAAAGCCGCCACACCGGCUGCUACCACUGUGAAACCAACCACACCAGCUGCUACCACUGUGAAACCCACCACACCAGCUGCUGCCACUGUGAAACCCACCACACCAGCUGCCGCUACUGUGAAACCCACCACACCAGCUGCCGCUACUGUGAAACCCACCACACCAGCUGCUACCAAUAUGAAACCCAUGACACCAGCUGCCGCCACUGUGAAACCCACCACACCAGCUGCCGCUACUGUGAAACCUACCACACCAGCUGCUGCUACUGUGAAACCCACCACACCAGCUGCUACCACUAUGAAACCCAUGACACCAGCUGCCACCACUGUGAAACCCACCACACCAGCUGCUGUCACUGUGAAACCCACCACACCUGCUGCCGCCACUGUGAAACCCCCUGUCACCAAUGCUAGCGCAACCACUGUAACUCCUACCAUCAACACUGUUACUAUUAAUGCUGUUAAUAGCAACAAUACCAUCAAUAAAACCACCACCUCAAAUACUGUUGCCAGCAGCACCACUACCCUCACCAACAAGAAAAAUAAAAAGAGGAAUAAAAAAAGGAAAGCUAAUGCUGGUAUGAACAUGAACAACAAUGUUGGUAGGUCCACCAAUGUGCCCACCAUUGGCACUACUGUCUCUAACUCCACAGUUGCUAGCAGUGCCCAGUUAAGUGUUCCUACCACUGUGGGAAAUGUUGGCAAAAGAACCCCAAACAUCACUACAAAUCCUAUUACUAAUGUCAACAAUGCCACCUCCAGUAACACCGGCACAGUUAUUGUAUCGAGAAACAAGAAGAAAAGGAAGAGAAAAGCUAGUUUGGAGAGACAGAAUAUGCUCCCACCACAAAAAGUACAAGUGACCCAGACCACAGCCACCAAACCUGCAGGGGCUCCCAAUAAUGCAGGGACCGUCAAACCUACAGGGGCUCCCAAUAAUGCAGGGACGGUCAAACCUGCAGGGGCUCCCAGUAACACCGGAACUACCAAGCCUGCUGAGCCUCCAAACAAAACAGUGCCAUCGCAGGCCAACGAUACAGACAACACUCUGAAAAGGAAACGUGAUGAGUCUGUGAGUGUCAGUGGAGCAGCAGCAAAGAAAAAAAAAAGGCGAAAUAAAAAAAAACCACUGGACAGACCACAGCAAGAUAAUACUGCCAGCACUCCAGGAAAUAAUAAGAAAGAUACUAAUCCAAAUGGUCAGUAUUUUGGGUACUGGGGUGCCGGUGGUAAAAAGGCUUUUAUUCGAGGUGAAGGUUCUGGCAUGGGCUCGAACACACAAGCUCAAGGUAAUAACAGAGGAAAUGCAAGAGGCCGAGGCUUUGAUAAGAAUGCCAGAGGAAAGCCAUUCAAUAGCCCUCGGGGUGGGUUGUCCAACAGGGGACGAGGUGGAGCAUUCAACAAUUCUCGUGGUGGAUCGUUCAGUAAUUCUCGGGGUGGGUCAUCCAACAGAGGCCGAGGUGGAUCAUUUAACAACACACGAGGCAAUUCGUCCAAUAGUUCCCGAGGUGGAUUGCUCAACAGUCCUCGAGGUGGAUCAACCAAUUCUAGAGGUGGAUUGUUGAGCAGUCCACGUGGUGGAUCAAGCAGCCUGACUGGCAACAAAGGAUUUUUCCCAGAUAGAGGCAGUACUGUUGGCAACUUGGGUGGACUGUCUAAAAACAAGAGUGAACGAAGAGAACCAUUACUAGGACAACGCAGCUGGAGCUUUGGACGGGACAGUGCUGCGGACAAGAAAAGCUGGAACCCAGGAAGUAGUGGAAUCUUAGGCCAUAGAAUUCCCUUUGAAAUCAGCGAUCCCAGCAGCCCCAAUACAAUUCCUGUAUCAUGGAAUUGGAAAGAGAGGAUAAAAAAGCAAAAGGAGAACUCCAAUACGAUGCUUAACCAGAUUAUGCCAAGAGGCACGAGUGACACUCAGCAACCGUAUAGUUCGGCUGUCAAUGAGAGGCAUCGCCUACAUGAUUCUUCAGGUUUUUACAGCCCUUUAACAUCUGAUGUUAGGCAGCAUUCAUUAGAUUAUCCUAAGCCUUCUUACAGCACUUCUUUAAGAUCCGAACCUGUGAGAUCUGAACCCACGAGUGUUUCGCAGAACAGACCAUCCUUUAGUAAUGCACCAGUGUCUGAUGUUCGAUCUUCAUACAAUGAGCAUUCAUCCAUCGUAGGCACACAAGGAGCUUAUAAUACCAAAUAUUCACAAAACGAAUCGCCAUACUUAAACAACCAGGCGACGUCAAACGUUCCCAAAUAUCCAGCAAAUGAAUAUUCUGGUUAUUACAGUACUCCCGUUCCAGAUAUGAAAUAUUCACUGAAUGGCUCCUCGGAUUUUCCCAGCUUGCUUACAAAGCCAUACGAGCCUCUUCGGUACUCAUUAAAUGAACCCUCUGACACUCUCAGGGCUUCAGGACAGUCUGGCUACUUCACUGCCCCUGUUCCACCUCAGGGUGUUCCGAGAUAUUCGACAAAUGAGACUUCAAAAUAUAGUACUACUGGAAUUGAUAACAGUGAGACAAGAUAUUCUACUGUUGGAGUUAGUAACACUGACACGAGGUACUCUACUGUUGGAGUUGGUAACACUGACACUAGGUACUCUGCUAUUGGGGUUGGUAACACUGACACAAGGUACUCUACUAACGUAAUUAGUAAUGAUGCAAGAUAUUCCACUAGUGGAAAUGGUAAUAAUGAUACUAGAUACUCAGCUAGUGGAGCUGGUAAUAGUGAUACAGGGUAUUCAUGGAAUGAACCCCCAGACCCAUCAAACGUGCCUUCGACGUCUUACGUAAGAUACCCACAGAACGAAUCAACUAACUACACCACUGAUCAAUCAUCCACAGUGAAAUAUUCAGCUAGCGAGCCUCAAGAUUUCAGCGUCCCUUCAUCAUCGUUGAGUAAAAUGCCUUUAUUAAAUGAACCUCCAAAAUAUUACAGUCCUGAAGUACCUUCGAAUACAAGAUACUAUGAUAAUGCCUCUUCGCAGUACUCGUAUACUACAGCACCUAACAAGAGUGAACCCUCCAAUUUCAGCAAUCAUGUUUCAUCCUAUAAUUCCAGAGAUUCACUAAAUCCACAUUCAAAUUUGUUAGAGACUUCAGACUCAAGGUUUGAAAACAAGUAUUAUAAUGAACCAGCGACAUCCCUUAACACAAGCAAACCUAACUUGUUAGAGACAUCAGAGUCACGUUACGAUAACAGGUAUUCUUAUGACAAACCAUCAGCACCGCCUAGUUCGUAUACAGCACCAUACAGCGGUAGACAAAGUCUGCUUGAACCACCACUGCCUCCCACCACACGUACUGUGCCUAUACUAGAGCGCCCUGUGAGUAAACUUCCAUCAUACACUACAGAACGCGAUACGUACUACAAGUAAUAUGGAAUGACCUAAAUGGUUCAGAUAGAUGAAUAAGACUCGUGUGCAAAACUAAGGUAUCUUUAUUGUAGAAGCAUUUUGCCAACCAGUGGCUUUAUCAGUCCAAUGCAGAGAAUAAUAAUGGAGACAAUGGAAGUUUGAGGUGAUCAGUUCCUCAGCUUGGGACAAUAUAUACAGAUCCGGGUGUUGCACAUGUGUCUUAUUCGACUUCUUGUCAGUUUUGUAAACUUAACCCAAUACUUAAGUCCUCUAGAAAUGAAGCAUUUCCUACAUUGAAAUUCCCACUAUUUUGACCAACAACCUUUUGAAAAUACUAUUGUGUCUUCCAAGAGAAUUUACUAUUAAAAUUAACCAUUGUUCUAUAAUGCCACAGUAAUUUAUCUAGUGCAAGAUAUGCUUGGAAUUCCAUAGUUCUUUCUUACAGCUAUACUGCUGAUACUUGAGCCAUUGUGCAGCAUCUUGCAGAAUGAGGAAAAAAUCAAUAUUAAUUAAUAGUAAGGACUGCAAUACUAGACAAGUAGAAAGUACCUGCAGCUGAAUUGACUGAAAAUGACACCACUGGAAGAAGUGGAAGAAGGUAGCAGAAGUGCCUGGUGAGCCAGGCACUUCUGCUACCUGCUGGAAGUGCCUGGUGAGCCAGAUUGUGGUGUGUUUGUGGGCCUCCAGAGUACUAGCAGCAUCAGCCAUGGUGAUCAAGUAAUCAGGGAAGCCAGGCAUUGGACCAGGUGUGAAGGGAGUAAGAACCUUCAGACCCAGUCAGAGGUAUUUCACAGGCAUGUGCCUCCACAGACAGCUAACUGAAUGCAUCAGAAAAUAGGAAUGUAUUGAUAGUGAAUGUGUCUUUGAUGUUUCGUGCAUUAAUUGCUUGUGAGGAACCAGACUGAUUCAUCCUUGUCUAGCAUACCACGAAGACGGUUCCAUGGGAUUCCACUUAGGAUAUUAAACAUUCCUUCAUUAUAGAGGUCUUUGUUAAAAAAGUUACGAGGCUUAUGCCAUCAGUAAAAUUUGUUCAAUUUCACAGUCUCUUAUAGGAAGGCAUUAAAAUUACCUAAAAAUUCGAUUAUGUCGACAUCUGUUGUAUAUCCCCUGUAAUGUAUAAUAUUUUAUACAUUGUACAGUUUUGUGCAGUAUGGUAUAUAAAGUAUUUUGUUAUAUUAAUAUUAAUUUAGAAUUGCUGUCUAUUAGAAAAUAUAUGAAAUACAGAUCUUGACAUGUUUAAAUUUUGUUGAUAGUGCUAUCUAUUUUGACACCUCAGAAAGUGUUAACAAGAACAUGAAGUAAAGAACAUUUACUGGAAAGGUUUCUUUGUAAUUGUAAAUUUAUCGUGAUAAAUGUUUCAUAUAUUGUGCUUAAUUUUCAGUGUUAGUUUUAAAUGUUUAGCCUUAAGCUUGUUGAAACAGUUUCAAGAUUCAACACUUGUCAAUUUUCUGAGUUGAAACAGUCAGACUUCUCUUAAAAUUUUCUCUUGUGAUUCACCGAACCUUUCAAGAAUCUCCGAGGCGAUGAGGCUCGACUAAGGUUGAUUGUGAGUGUGAGAUUCAUGCUUACUGUGUAUAUUGGAGUUAUUAUAGUGGAACACAUUGAGAAGUGUCUUUGUAUACAGUGCAUAGGCUGGGUGUAGAUGAGGAAUAAGAUAGGUUAGUGGGCUGUACAUAGUACAUACUGUACUGUGUACAGUCUGUAUACAGUACUGAGAGAUAUAUUUGUGUACAUUGAGAAGUGUAUACAUCAGUAUAUAUACACACUGAGUAUUUACUUUCAUCCCUAUUUUAAGGAUUAAAACAUUAGGGAUUAGUGGUGUACAUGUGAAAUGUAGUCAUGUGUAUUUGCACUAUCAGAAGUAAUAGGCUACUUCAAAAACUGUGAAAAAAUUAUAUACUGCAAAUAAAAGUCAAGAAUGGCCUUUUAUGUAGAUCUUCAAGGUCUUCAUGUACAGUAGUAAUAGAUGUUUUAUAAUGUCAUUUCACUAGACAUGAUACUUUUACACUAUCAGAAAAUGGUUUGCUGUUUUAUCUGACAUUGCCAAAAAAAGACCUACUGACAUGCUUUUGGUUUUUAGAGUAUGUAGUUGUAAAUUGUAAUUCCAUCUUCAUGGCCAUCUGCAAAACGUGUUUUUUUUUUUUUUUUUUAACGAAAUUUGUUUUUCCGGAGUGGGUUUGGAAAACGUGGCGAUUUUGUGAUUCAUGGCCCUGCCUUGCCUUGGCUUGGCUUGACUUUCUAAGCUUGUGCUCUUGUAAAUAUUACCUCACAGGGAUAUUUUGUUCGUAAACAAUAUCUGCCUCCUGAUUCAUGUACGGAAAAUGACUGCACCAUUAUUUAUCUUAGGUCCUGGUAGUUCGUUUCCUCAACAAAUAAUUUUAGAAUUUCAUGUUAUGUGAAUCGAUAGUUGGGAUAGUUGUCAGUGGCAUGGUGAUGCCGACAAAUGGUCGAAAAGGACAACUGUGUACAGUUCAGGACAUUGUUAAGGAAAUUGCAAAACCACUUCCUUUGCUAAAUGUCCUGGACAGUGUACAAGUGUCCUUUUCUAUAGAUGGGAUAGCAGGGUCUGAGUGUUAUGCCCCAUUACUCAGGCAAUGGUAGGGUAUUUGUGUCAACUGCACUCUGUCGAAUGUCAACAGGACUGGUGGUAGCGGUAGUAACAGCAGUGACAGCCAUUGCAACAGCUGGUUCAAGCAACUUCAUUCCAAAUCCCUCUCCGCUUAUGGCCUUGAAGAAUUAUCAGUGGUUAGCACAGGUUUUGCACAUUUUUGUGAAUAUAAGAGGGUCCAAUUUACAAACACCCUCUCGUACACCUGCAUUUACAAAUGAGUCGCUUAACAUUCACCUACAGAGAACAUAAAUGUAAAACAUAGCUAUUCUUUGCACUAUUCUUUUAUAUACAGUAAGCUAUGUGAUAAAACUCCUCUGUAGUGUUAUUUUUUGUAAAUGCAAUUGAAAGAAUGUAUCCAAUGUAUUUUUCAAUUUUGCAUGCACCUAUUCAGUUGCAUUUACUAAAACUACAGUAUACAGAAAAGUUUCAUUGGAGAAAUCGCUUUGUAAGUUAAAAACCCAGUAAUACCCCCAUUUGUAAAUUGGAGAUGUGUACAUUAAUAAAAUUUGUCGGUUCCAAAUUUUUAUGUAUGGGGUGGUGCAACUUGUCCCAUGUUUUUCGGCAAAAAAUCAUCAAUAUUGCAACCUAUCGUUUUGCUGUUGCUACCUCCUAAACCAUUUCUUGCGGCUGUUUAAUCACUCGGUACCUCAGUACCGUUUGAUUGACUGAUGAAUUUGUGGUCAUGUUUAGACAAUUUGUUAAACUUUUUGGGUUUCGAAACAUGACUUACUAAUUAUGGAAAAUAAUAUGAAAGGAACGAAUGUUUAUAUCUGUUUAUUGUACCCACCAUAAUGGAUUAGUAGAAACUUAUCAGUAGUAAUGGAAGUUAUAGUAGUAGUAGUGGUAGUUGAAGUAAUGCUGUUAAUAGUACAGAAAUUGUAGAAGUAAGAUAGUAUAGCAGUUGUAGGAGAAUUACUUUUAAUAGUAAUAAAAAUUAACAGAAUCGAAUUAUGCUUGCACCUGGUCAUUCAUAUUUACUACCAGUGAAUAUUUGGAGAACAUCUGAACCUCGUAGGUUUGAAUGCUCUGCAAAUGUUGCUACUGCCUUCCUUCAUUUGUGUAAAAUGUCAAAAAAAAACUAUCAGAUUCACUAUUCGACUAAAUUUUGAAGAAGAAAACAUUCACGUGCCAUUUUGGUUCAUCUUGGAUCAUUAUAAAGUCAUGAAUUGAUAAUAGGCCUAAUCACAGUACCGUGUCUUCAUCACGUAUCAUUGUUUGAAAGAGAUUUAAUGGCUGCAUAUAGUAUUACCUUGGAACUCCAGCGGAAGGCCUCGGCCUGAUGUCCAAAAGCUCCAAUGGCUGGUCAUCGUAUGAUUUAAGACCCACGUCAGGAAGCACUCAUUCCGUUUCCUGACUAACCUUACCUAACCUAACCUAACCUAACCUGAAACUCUAUACAGCAAAGCUGUUAUAAAGCUCCUUUAUAUUGCAGAAUAUUUUGUAAAUACAAUUGAAAACUUUCCAAAAUUGAAUAACACUUGAAAAGGCCUUCAUAGUAAGUUGUUAAUCAAUUUUUGAUGUACAGUGGAUCCCCGGAUUUUGUCCUUAAUCCAUUUCAGGUCGGUCUAAAUCCGAAAUGGACAAAAACCGAAGCAAUAUUUCCCAUAAAUAAUGUAAAUACAAUUAAUCCGUUCCAGACACCCAAAAAUAUUAACAAACAAUACAUUUUUAAAGAAAAGCUAUAGUUUUACAUACAGAAAACAAUGAGAAAAAAUAUAAAUAACUAAUGAAAUGAAUAAAUGAACAUUUAACAUCACACUUACCUUUAUUGAAGACUCUGUUGGGGUAUGGAUGGCAAGGAGGGGAGAGGGAGGAGGAGCCGAGGUUAUUGUUUGGAAGGGGAAUCCCGCUCCAUAAGGACUUCAGGUAUCAAAGCUCUGUAUGGGGUUACUUCCCUUUUUUGUCUUUUACUGGCACUGGACCCUUGUUGCACUAAAAAUCUGUCCAGCGAGCUCUGUUUCUGGCAUCUCUUUAAGAUUUGCUUAAAAUGGGACAAGGUAUUGUCACUGAACAUGUUGCAGAUACGGCUUGUAUCAGCUUGGUCAAGGUGAUUUUUUCCACAAAAGUUUGCACUUCAUUCCACUUUGCACAAAUGUCCUUAAUCACUGUUUGUGACCUCUGUUUCAUUAGCAUAUUUAUCCCUUUUGCAACAUCAGUUCCUUGAUUUCUAUUUUCUUUGCCAGGAUGGCCAGCUUGGCCACACGUACGCCACUCGUAUUUUUCUACAAUCUCUUUCUUGAAUUUUAUCGUGUUUCUUGCCUUCUUUACCAAAGGGCUGGCACUAGGAACUUUCUUUGGGCCCAUGGUGGCUUAUUUCACAGUCGCACUCGAUAAACAAGUGCAAAAAAUAAUGGAUUAUUAUGAAAUGUUUCGGAUGAAUGCUCACUCAACCAGUGACAGAGCCAGAUUGAGAGAUGUACAUGAGUGGCGGCAUCCCAGGCAGGUGGAUGCGUCUGAUUCGGACUAUUUCUGGGACGAGGUACGAAAUCCAGAGCAAAAUUUCACCGAAUACAGUGGUCGAAAUCUGAAUCGUAGGAUAACCGGUGCGGACGAAAUCCGGGGUUCCACUGUACUUGUCACUUGCAUUUGGAAAAAAUGCACUUUGUAUAAUAGUUUAUAUGAGAGCUUACUGUUGUAUUAUAUAGUUUAACUUUUAAUUGAAUUGUUGCAGUUAUAUAGCAACCAAUAUGGGCACUUUGUAUUUUCAUAGCAUUUGUGUAAGUGACUCAUUUAAGAAAAAGCUAAAUUUCUGAAUUAGGUAAGUAAAUUUUCCCAUCUUUAAGCAGACUCAGUCUUAAUAUACACAGGAUAAAGCUACAACGGAAGUUUUGGUUUAUUGCAUCUGGAUAUUAUUGUUGUUGGGCCACUCAAGGUGCCUUGAUGCUGGGAAACCGUUUUUAAUUAAAGGAAUUGGAGGUGCCCUUGUUUUCCUCAGAUUACCUCCCAUUUUCCAUUUAAUUGGGAUUGAGAUUUGUUUUCUUAUGUAGGAAGAAUAAAGCUGGAUUGGUAAUGUGUACUGCUUGUAUAUUUUAGUGGAGUGUACAGGAUGCAGACACAAAUGCAGUCAGUGUAUUGAGAGAUUUAUUGAUAACAUUUUGUCCACACAGUGGGCUUUUUCAAGAUGCCAAUAAUUUAUCUCAUUACAUACAAUGCAUCAGUGUUUUUUCCAUCGUGUCUGUAUUUUAUUCUAUUUCUCUGUGGAGUGAUCAGGAUUCAAACUUGCAGUCUGGGAUUACCUGCUCAUUGCUUUAGGUCCUUGCUCUUCCCACGGAGUGUCAUGAAAACUUUAGUAAGCUCUCGUAGUAUCUGAGUCACAGUAAAUGUUGUUGGAUCUCUGCGUCCAGACUUGGAGGCAGAUCUGGCAUGACACCAGGUAAGAACUGUUGUGUGUGCCAUGGCACCAUUGAAGCAUGUGUUGAUACAGAUUUGAAUUGUACAACCUUGGUGCUUUCAGGAGCUUCUCAAAUUUAUCUCAUUGUAUCCUGAAUAUUGGGGCACGCUGAUGCACUAAACAAUAAGGCAAAAUCAGUUGAUUCCAUGAUCAAACAAAUAUUUGAUGAACCCCUUAUGCUUUUGAUGGGAAACAAGCUUCCGAUUUGCAUAUCAAGGCAAUUAUUAUUUGAUUAGGACCAGCGUGCUCUUUAAUGUAGUAGGGCAUAGUAUUUCUUGAAUGGAGUAGGGCACAAUAUUGCUGUUGAUUCACACUUCACCUCCCAGGUAUGUUUGGCCUUUUUAUACUGUUAAAGUCUAGAGAUCAAGAUUAUGGAGUUAAUGUUAUCCAUGGAACAACAACCAACUGGUAUUUGUUAUCCAUGAAACAAUAGUUAACUGGUAUUUUAUUGGAGCUCAGGUUUUGGGUUACUGUGAAUUGUAAAAGGGAUUUAAAACUAGUGAACCCUCGGUUAUUGGCUGUAAUCCGUUCCAGAAGGUCGGCCUAAAACCAAAAUGGGCUAAAACCAAAAUAAUAUUUCCCAUGAGAAUUAAUGUAAAUACAAUUAAUCCAUUCCAGACCCAAAAAUAUUUAUUCUUUAAAAAAUGUAUUUUUUGUUAAUUAUAGUUUUACAUACACAAAACAAUGAGAACUAAAUAAAAUAAUUGAACAUUUAAUUCACUAUUACAUACCUUUAUUGAAGACUUGUUGCUACACUCCCUGUCUGUCUGCUACACUUCCUGCCUCCCUUCCACAGCAUGUGUAAAGAACUUAGGAUAACCCAAAAAAAGUCAGAGUGACUUAUUUCCAUUGGGGUCCUGCCUCCCUGCUAAAUUCCCUUUUGCAAUAUUAGCUUCUUUGAUUUCUACUUUCUUUGCCAGGAUGGAAAUGAUUGCUAAUUUGGAUUUCCCAUACAUCCUAGCACUUGAACACCACUCUCGUAUUUUUCAACAACUUCUUUCUUAAAUUCCAUUGUUUCUCACUUUCUUUACCAAAGGAACUUUUCUAGGAACUUUCUUUGGGCCCAUGGUUGCUUAUUUUGCAGUUGCAAUCAAUCAGUAACCACAAAAAACAAAGGAUUAUAGUGAAAUGUUUUGAUGGGAAUGAGCAGAAGUUUCCUCACUUGCCCAGAGAGACAGCCAGACUGACUCAUGAAUGUGCGAGCAGCGGGCAGGCGGGUGAAUGUGUCCAGUACAGCCAAUAAGCGAAAUAACAGCCGGUAAACAGACUAAAAUUUUGGCCCAAAAACCGGGCGAUAACCAAGUUGGCCGAUAUCCGGAACAGCCAAUAACCGAGGUUCCAAUGUAUAUAUUUUUAUAAACUAUUAUUUGAUGUCAGUUUUUGUUUAGUAGCUUCCAUUUAUGAAUAUAGUAGUUCCUUUUGUGCUGGAAGUCUUUAUAAUGAAAAAAGGAACCAGUCUGGUUUUAUUCUCGUGAAAUAUUUGCCUUUGUAUAUGUAUUCAUAUUUUUUCCCUCAUUACCAAUAUUGCUUUUCAAAAUGUGCAACUUGGGCAAAAGGUGGCAAAUGGUGAAUCAAAGAUGUCAACAAAAUAAGCCUUUUUUUGCGUUUUUCAUUUAGUGUUUAGUCCUUGGAGUUUUAUCGGGUACAGUACUUAGAGUUCCAGGGAGAUCAUAAAUUGUUUAUUCUGUUGAUGCUUUUAAAAAUGCUAAGGCCUUUUAUGUUUUAAACCCAUUGUAUAUGGUGAACCUUUUGGGCUUACCACUUAAUUAUUAUAUUGUAUAUGGGAAAAUGUAAAGAAUUUUUUAAAUGUCAUUUUGUUGAAGACAGUAAGGUUCAGAAAAAAGUUGUACACAAAAUGAUACCAAUUCUUUUUAAUAGAAAACCUCUAACAAAGAUGAGAUGAGAUGACUUAGGAAGAAAGGCACAAAAUGCAAUAAUUUGUUUGCCAGAAGCAUUUCAUUCGAAAUGUACAUUUGGAGUGACCCUUGGCCAAAAUGUUUUCAAUUAACAAGUCUUUAGACCUACAGUGGAGGACCAAAUUUAUUUGGGAGGUCCAUUCGAGAUGACUGAAAACAAAAUUUUUUGGGAUGCCGGAAGGUCAAGCCAGCUUGGUAUCGGCUUGAUGAAAGCUCCUGGAGAGCAAAACAUUUCACAAUAAAAUGUAUUAGUUGCAUCUAUAUCCUGUUACCUGACAUCUUGCUGGAAAUUCCGCCAUUAUUACUAAAUGUCCUAAGUGAUUGCAUUUUGUGUUUUUCCACAGGUUAUUUCAUACCUCAGUAUCCAGUAUCAUUUAUGCCAUGAGACAUGAACGUCAGCUAGGAAACCCCCUGGGGGUGGGGAGGGCUCUCAGUUGAGAAAUUGGAGUUACUCUCUCCCCUUCCCUGGAUGAAAUCUGAUUAGCUAAUCCAUUCCCCAGGCAUCAUAUGAUAUGCCCUCAUUGGCUUAUUACUCCCCAUUAUGACAAUUUCAAUGGCUUAUUACUCCCCAUUACACAGUGGUACCCCAAGUUUUGUACAGCUCCCAACUUGAACAGUUAUGUAAGUGUAUUAUUGUAAGUGCAUUUUUGGGGGUCUGAAAUGGACUAAUCUAAUUUGCAUUAUUCCUCAUGGGAACAAAUUCGUUUGGUAACGACACUCGAACAACCUUCUGGAACAAAUUUUGGCCGAAACUCGAGGUACCACUGUACACACAGCCCACACACAGGAGAGAGAUUCUGACACCAUUUUGGUCUGACUUGGAUCAUUUGCAAGCCACACUAACACAAGGGAGUGAAGAAGCCAGCAUAUAUAAGCAAGGGGGACAUGGACAGGACAGAGAGAGGAAGAACAUUGAAAUGGUGGCAGUAGUAAUGAUGGUAGUGGUAGUAGUAGUAGUAGUACUUCCACUACUAGCCUUAACAUUAUCACUACUACUGUUUUCUUCUCUCUGUACCAUCCCUGUCGCCCUCACCUAUAUAUACCGGCUUCUUACUCCCUUGUUACUGUGGCUUGUAAAUGAUCAAGUCAGACACAAAACGUUAAGUCAUAAUCUUCACUGGCUUAUCACUUCUCAUUGUGACAGUUGCACUGACUUGUUACCAUUAUGGCAGUUUCACUGGCUUAUUACCUCCCUUUAUGGCAGUUUCACUGGCUUAUUACUUCCCAUUAUGACAAAGUCACUGACAUAUCACUGUAGUAUUAUUAUUACAGCCUCUCCUCAUUUAACAACAGGGUUCUGUUUCUAAGAGUAGGUUGGUAAGCGAAUUGGUCAGUUAAGUGAGGAGCAUACUAUACUGGUAGUGGGUUUAUGUCAACCAUCUUUAGGUAUUUUUUUAAUGUUACCUUUGCACUAUUUAUAACAUAUUUAGUAUAUUUUUAAAUGUUUAUACAGUUGUGUACUCUAUGCUGUAAUAAACAGAAUAGAGGAAAUCAGCUCUAAUAUGCAUUACCUAGGUUUGUAUACUGAUUGGAGAGCUGGUCAUAAAUCCAAGCGGUCGGUAAAUGAGUACGUCGCUAAGUGAGGAGAGGCUGUAUUAUCAUCAUCACACUUGAAAGUAUCACUAUCUAUUACGAUAAUUUAGCCCAGUGCUGUUACACACGUGGCAUAAAGGCAAUGAGUUUUUGUUAGUGGUUUUCUUGCUUAUUUUUUGUUAUGGUAAAAUUCUCACCAUAGUGUUUUGUAAAUACGUACUUGUAUGUAUAAUGCACUCCCCUUAGAGGGGUACAUUGAUACUGAAGGGAUCUUGAUAGAAGAAAUUGGAGCUACCUUCCCUGGAUUAAUCCAGUGCCUCUCAUUUACCUAUAGCACUGUGAUCCCUAUGGGUUUAGCACUUUUAAAUGAUGUACAUACAUUCUGUGACUAGAGACUUAAGGAAGACAUCAAGAAACAGUGUGUACAGUACGUGGUUAGAUUUUGUAGCUCGUAUUUAUUACACAGUGGAGUAUAUUGUACAGUACAUACCUUUGCACUCCAUCAAAUCUGCUGAACCUUUGUAUUUUUGUUAAACAUAUAAAUUUCUUUGGUUAUUUGUAUGGCAGAUUAUAUGAUAAUCCUUAUAUGUAAUUAUUAUAAUAUACGAUAAUCCAGCCUGUCCUUGUUCCCAUUUGAAUUAAUGGUACUAAUAUUUGGCAAACUGAAAUUUAGUGUAUAGUUGCAAGAGAUCAUUGUUUGAAAUUCUUACAUUAAGGAUAUAAUUUUAUAUAUAGUAAAAGUUCUGACACGGGAUUACAUUCCUGAAAAUCCUCACUCGAUAAAAAAAAAAAAAAAAACUAAGGUUUAGAAUAUGUAGGGAAAAAAACAGGGUUAUAUUUUAGACAUCUAUAAUUUUUUUUUCCUCAAAAUUAGUUAUUAGGUCAAAAUGGCUAGUUUAUUUUUGUAUUCUAGUUAUCAUUGUUUGACUACAGUAUAUCUUCCCUUGCAUUCUAGUUAUCAUUGCUUGUUGGCAAGGCAUUGUGUGGAGGGGGUUGAUGUGGCCCUACUGGUCUGAGAUAGAUUACUGUGGUUCUUGUGAUAUUGAUGUAGAAUAUAAGUUGUACACAAUAUUGGCAAGUUGACACACAUCCAACAUUUAGGUUGUCAAUGGUUGAUGACUGAAUGUUCCUGGAGUGCUCAGUCCACAGUGUUACUUUUGUCUUAUUUAGCUCUACUGACCUAUGUAACCUUAUCUAGAUAAGUAAUGUGCAAUGGUUUGGUAUCUAUUGGUGAGGGAUUUGGCCUGCUCAGCAAGCUUCUUCAGGCAACAUACAGAGGUGGCUUAAAUACUGGUGCCAACAGAAGCAGUGGAGAGGUAGAUAUGAGACAGUCAGUCCCUCAGUCUUGGUGAGUGUUCACCUCCACAGCUUUCACCGAAGCUAUGAAGCUGACACCUACCAAGGCAGAGUGACUGACCACCUUUUAUCUUCACUACUACUGUACUUGUUGCCUAUACAUUUGAACUAAAGCAAACCAUACCACGGGCAGGGAUAGGACCCACGAUCAGAGAGCCUUGAACUAAAGCAGCUCGUUGAGGAGGAGAACUGUCUUGUCAAUAAAGACCCCACUCUGUUGCAAGUCUUGAUCUACUAGUGGCAUUACAUGUCAUUACUAUAAUCUAGCCUAAUAUAAAUAUUGAUAGUAAAAUAUGGUACAGGUCGGCCAUCAUUAAUCUGGCAUCAUUGGGACCUGUAGUGUGCCGGAUUAGAGUGGCCAGGUUAGAAUACACUUCAAUUAAAAUAUCAAUAGACUUUGCUACAUCUGGCUCAUUUUCAUCACUGCUUUCUCCUCCACUAGCUUGCUGCUGUGGAUUUACAACCAUCUGCACAAUUUCUGAGUCAGUAUAAUGAUGAAAUUUGAAAUUAUGCUACCCGAAAUUAGUGCCGGAACCAGAUAACUGAUUGCCGGAUUAGUGAUGUCUGACCUGUACUACAGUACAUGUCGACAUGCACUUAAUGCAAGGAUUUUACUCAUGCAUUUUUUGCAACUAAAGUUAAAUUUCUGGGUUUUGAAUGUUAAGUAUCAGUAUGACUCAGGAGACUGGACAGGUAAAGUAUGACGAGCAGCAGCACUGUGUGUCCCUUUAUGGGUUUAGCACUUAAUUAUAACAGUGCUGUAUGAUGAGACAAUUAACUUGGUACAUAAGCAGAUUAAAUUGCUCAUGAGGAUAUUGUGUAGGUAUGGUUAAUAUAAAUCUUUAUUCUGGAAUAAGGUAAUUUAUGUAAAAUGAAUAAACAGGUGUUGAGUGUAACAA